AUGUCAAAGGCCGUGGGGAUUCUAUUUAGCCGUGCUCCGAUACCGCCCUCUUCCCUGCCUCGGCUCUUUUACCACUGCCAGCAUAUUCGAUCCCGCCAACGACCUCUCAUAUCCCACAUUCGACGACGAUACUGCACUGCCAACAACGAUGUGAAGCCAAAGAAGACCGAGGAUCCGAUUCCGGUCCCAAAUACGAUCCCCAACCUCCCUCUAUGGCAGCGGCUCGGCCCUUUGACUGCCGCAGCGUCUGCCUAUGGCCGUUCACAACGGCGGCGGCCACACACAACCCAGCUCUGGAGCUGUAUUGUUAUUUACCUCAUAUCCGAUCUUUCAGCUCAAGGUCUAGACGGUGGCGAAUAUGAUCCGGCUCGCACAAUCAGAAGCUUGCUAAUCGGAGGUGCUAUUGCUAUCCCCAGUUACCGAUGGUAUCUCUUUCUCUCCCGCCACUUCAAUUACUCUUCCCACAUUCUCUCUCUCGCCACGAAAAUCACCAUUAGCCAAAUCGUCUACACCCCUCUUUUCAAUACUUUCUUUUUCGGCACGCAAGCUCUCCUCUCCGGGUGCACCCCAGCCGAAAUAAUUGAGCGUGUCAAAUAUGCUCUGCCUACCAGCUUCAUAAACUCUUGCAAGGUGUGGCCCAUAUUUACGGCAUUCAGCUUUACUUUCAUCCCAAUGGAAUAUCGAAGUGUGUUCGCAGGCGUUAUAAACAUUGGCUGGCAGACUUAUCUCGCAAUGCUCAACCGAAUGGCCGAGGUAGAGACGGUGGAUGAGGUAAACCACCUUGGGUCGACACAGGUUAUUGUGAUGGCGGAUACCGAAUGA